AUGAAUGUGGAGAUCCCACCGGCCAACUCGUCCAACUCGUCCAACUCGUCCAACUCGUCCAACUCGUCCAACUCGUCCAACUCGUCCAACUCGUCCAACUCGUCCAACUCGUCCAACUCGUCCAACUCGUCCAACUCGUCCAACUCAUCCAACUCAUCCAACUCAUCCAACUCAUCCAACUCAUCCAACUCAUCCAACAUGGCUCACUUUGACCCCAACGACUUGUCCCGCUUUGACAGCUUCCACAUUCUUGAGACUUCCUACAAGGUCGUCUCUAAUCACAAGAUCGCCUGCCAUGUACUCAUCCCCAAGGCCCUAUUCGAGCGUGCCAAAGAUAACCCGACAGAUCCUCGACCGAUCCUAUUUCGCAUCCACGGCGGCGGUUUCAUAUCCGGGUCGAGCCUUUUCCCAAACUUCUUUGCCCUAUGGCACCUCGAACUCGCAACUCGACACGAUGCCAUCAUCGUGAGCUGUGACUACAGGCUGGCGCCCGAGGCCAGCAUCCACAAGAUUGUAGAGGACAUCGAUGAUUUUUUGAAGUGGAUUUAUACCGAUCUGCAAGGCUUAAUCAGCACCAGUUCAAAUGUCAACGUCGAUAUAAACCGCAUCAUGAUGGCCGGAGACAGUGCGGGCGGCUAUCUCAGUCUUCUCGUUGGCCUCAACCAUUCUAGCGAGAUCCGUGCUGUAACAGCGUCGUACCCUCUGGUUGAUGACAAGAGCCCGCAUUUCACAGAAGCGUACGAUAAGCCAAUGUUUGGGUUUCCUCAUCUUCCGGUAUCCAUCUGGGAUGAACACAAGGCCCGGUUGAAGGCCCAUGAAAUCCCGCCCGUCAUCUCAGCCGACCCUCAGCUCACACGCGGCGAGCUAAUGUUCAGCGCUAUCCAGAACGGAAAGUUCAAGGAUAUUUUCCCCAGCGACGAAAGAGCUUUUCACAUCUUGGAAAAGAUCGAGGAUGGCGGUCGGUUCCCUCGGGGUGGCGUGUUUGUUUGGCACGGAAAGGGAGACACGGUGGUCCCUGUCGAAGGCAGCGUGAAGUUGUCCGAGUUGCUGGCUGCGGUCGACCCGGAACUUCCAUUCACCUUGGCUAUCCAGGAAGGUGAUCAUGGGUUCGAUGAAAAGGCGUCGAUUGACGAACCGUGGAUGGAGGAGGGUUUGAAGGGUCUGAUUGCUGCAUGGCUGGCCUGA